GAGUGCGGAAAGCAAGGCAAAGAGAUACCUGCGUGGUUAGAGAGGAAGCAUCGCAAAGCUGCUAGAAUCAAGAAGAGCAGGAAGAUGGGCAGUGAUGACGAUGAAGACGACGACAAUGAGAUCGUCUCUUUCGAAGAGAUAGCGGCCACUCGAAAUCACACCUAUGAAGCUCCACUAUCGAGCCAUACUACUGACAAUUCAAGCCCCCCUACACCUGGACAAGCCCAGAGUAACUCUCUGAUGGACGAUGAUGAUGAUUUUGUUCAACCUGACGGUUCUCCCAUGCCACAGGACAUCAAUAUGCAAGAAGAUGUUAAGGAAUCAUUGGUGGAUGAUUACAAUUUCCAACUCGACGAUGGAUUAUUUUCUGGAGUUGGUCAUGAUCGUGACAAUGACCCCUUCCACUCAAUGCCUACUCUUGCUGAGGUGUCUGAUGAGGAUGAUGACGACGACACGAAUGUCAACGAAAUCUCUACAUGUCAUGGUUCAGGUUUGAAUGACUUGCUUGAUCAAAACAUGGCCAGCCUUCUCUGCCAUGCAAGUCUGGAUGGUUACCUUAUAGUGCACAGGUCAAGCACCCAAGAGCAGACCCCGUACAAUGGGAUAAAGACGAAUCACACGAAAGAGAAUCCUGCGGUGUCCAUGGAAGGAAGCCUCGCUAAGAUAUCAGACACGCUGGGGCAGAUUAUCGGUGUUAUCAAAGAAUCGACUAUCGCGGAAGAACGCGGAAAAGAUGACAAUCCAAAGUUUUGGGCGACUUACAAGAAAGUUUCGACUGAGCAGGACGACGACUUCACCGGGCGGGCCAAUGAUGAUAUGGGCAUUAUUCUGACUUCUAUUCCGCUUCUGCUCUUCGGCCUUUCGCUAAGCGCCAACGUGCCGAUUGGGUAUCAACCUCCACUUCCACACCAGAUGGAUAUCAAAUCGCUCGAAGCACCUGACUUCAAACAAAACGCUUCUAUUGACCUCAUUACUUUCAGCGUCAAUGCUUCUCCCAGCUUCCUUCCUAAAACCUCUUCCUCAUCUCAUAUCUUCUCUGCCAAAGGCUCCACACCCACCAAGCCAGAUCUCAGGCCUAGCGCCGAGUUCAGAGAGGGUCGCAGGCUCAGGAGAGGUGACGGAACCUUGGUUAUACCUCUUCCGACCAUGCCUCCGACAAGAACGGUGCUUCUUCCUCUCCUACGAACGACUCAUCUUACGAAAAAUACACGGCCUCGGAUAAAAAAUUCACUUCCCUCCCAUCUUCAGUACUUCGUUCGGCCCAACAGCUCUCCUCUCCUCUACCCCCACCGCAGGAGAGGUGAUGGAACCUCUGGCACAAACCAUACCUCUUCCGACCCACCUCCAACGAUAACGGUGCUUCUUCCUCUCCUACGAACGACUCAUCUUACGAAAAUACACGGCCUGUUGGAAGGGCUAUAUCCUGGCUGCCACACUUGA